GCUAUUCUCUCACUCACCUCUAGUUUCGUAACAGAGCUAUGUUUUCUUCUUUCGAUUUGCUAUUUCCAAUUUCUUCCUCGUUUGUUUUCUAGGCAGUUGAACAUAAUUUUAGGGUUUUUUUUUUUUGUGUGUUUAUAAAUUGUUGUCUUGAUUAUUGAAUUUUGUGGGAUUCAACUGUUAUCCUUGUGUUCUUCUUUUUUUCCAUCAAAUUUUCAUCCUUUGUGGUGCAGACCCAAUUUGCUGGUUGCUGAUUCCUAUUCAAAGACUGAAAUUUUGAACCCUUUAGGCGUAUACUUUGUCAAAGACUUAACUUUAACCCUUUAGGUUUAUACUUUGUGAUGCAGACCCAAUUUGGUGGUUUCUGAUUCCUAUUGAAAGACUGAAACAUUGACCCUUUAUGUUUAUAGUUUGUGAUGCUGAUUCCUUAGUCAAAGACUAGAACUUUGAACCCUUUAGUAAAAUGUUUCUUAGUGUUUAAAAUAUGUAGCAUUCUUUGUUCUUUGCUCUACUAGGAAGGGAGAUUUUUGAUGAGUUUUUAGAUGAAGAAAGAGCAAAAUAUGCAGGUCAAACAGUAUAUUAGUUUGGAUUAAUUCAGAGUGUGCUAAUCUGGUGUCAUAUUUGGCUUUUGCUGUGAUUUGCUAUUCUACUGUGUGCUCUUUACUCGUUAUCAAGUCUCAGUUGGUUCAAAUUGAUUUUGAGUUCUUAAGCAUAGAUGCACAUCUUGUUUAUAUUUUAAGAUUUGCACGCUUGACAUUUACUGAUUUACUACAAUGAACAUUUUGUCCUAGACUGAAUUUUCUACCGCUUACACAGUUCAGUAUAGCCAAUAGGACUUAUGACGAUACAGAUUACUUGUGUAUCUGAUGUAACCUUUCUCUUCCUUUUUGAGUUCCUCAGGCUUCUUUUGUGGGUAUGGGCAAAGGUAAGCUUAUAUUGAUUUGUCAGUCUGGUGGCAAAUUUGUGACUGAUGAUGAUGGGACAAUGACAUAUACCGGGGGAGAGGCAGAAGCGAUAGAUAUUAAUCAUGAAACUACGUUUGAUGAUUUUAAGCUAAAACUGGCAAAGCUCUUGAACUUAGAAUAUAAUUCUUUGUCCCUCAAGUAUUUUCUCCCGGGAAACAGAAGAACUCUCAUCACCAUGAAACAAGAGAAGGACAUGAAAAGAAUGUAUGAUUUCCAUCUGAGCUCAGUCACAGCAGAAGUUUUUAUUACAGGACAAGAAGGUUUCCAGUCUGAAGCAGUUGUGUCACCUGUUAGCAGGUCCUAUAAUAUAGGAGUCGAAACAGAGACGACACCGGUGGCAUAUGGGAAUGUAGCAAAUGUACCUAUCCAAGUUGUCACAGGAAUUUCUGAAGAAAACAACCUCGCUGAUGUUAAUUUUAGAUCCAGAAAGGUCUGCCCCAGAAUUACCUCUGAAUCUAGUGGCCUUGUGGAGAUUCCUGUAACAUUAUCCACUAAUCCAGUGGUACCAGCUAAAUCAACUUCAAAAAAAUUCAAGAAAGGGAAGACGAGUCUUGUUUCCAGUAUCUCCAAACUGACUCCCAAAAGUUUGCAACAAUCAUUCAUAGGUAGUAAUCCUGGUACCAAAAGCUCCCCUCCGAUGUCGCUAAAUGUUGUUUGUGGUGUGACCACCAGUUCCCCUGUAUGUGUUAGUAAACGAAGACGUGUGAUGGAAGAACCCAGCAUUUUGGUUCAGGAUGAGAAUGUCACGGAUACAAGGAGACGAUCCUUAAGAAAUAGGGGAGAAAUUCGAAAGCCUGUAAUAGAAACUGAUGAUGAUGAUGAUGAUGAUGAAUUUGUCUUUAGUGACGAAGAUGAUGAUGCUGACGAUGUUGAUGAUAACGAUAUUGAUGAUGACGAUAUUGAUGAUGACAAGGAAUAUGUGCAGGAUAUUGAGACCUAUUACCCUGAAACUGAGGAUCUUGAGACAAAUUAUUCUAUUGCUGAUGCUAACGAUGGUUCUGUAGAAAGCUUGGUAGCCUCAUGGAAACGUUGUAUUACCGGUGUGGGUCAAGGAUUUGAGAGUGUCGUUGAAUUUCGUGAUGCUCUGCAGAAAUAUGCAGUUGCUUGUCGUUUUGGGUACAGGUUAAGGAAGAAUGAAUCAAAUCGUGCAUGUGGUGUUUGUUUAGUUGGAGGUUGUCCUUGGAAGAUUUAUGCAUCAUGGGUCCCAUCUGAAAGUGUGUUUAGGAUUAAAAAAUUUAAUAGAAGACAUACAUGUGGGGGAGAAUCUUGGAAAUCUGCUCAUCCUAAAAAGAACUGGGUAGUGAGUAUCAUCAAGGAGAGGUUGCAGGAGAACCCAAAUCAGAAGACUAAGAACAUUGCUGACUCGAUUUUUCAAGAUUUUGGUAUUGAACUCAGUUAUUGCACUAUAAGACGAGGCAUUGAUGAAGCCAAAGGUGGACUUCAUACAUCAUUCAAAGAGGCAUAUAAGCAUUUACCUCAUUUUGUGAAUAAGGUAGUUGAGGCAAACCCUGGAAGUAUGGUUGAUCUGGUGGUUGGUGAGGACAGAAGAUUUCAGCGGCUUUUUCUGUCUUUCCAGUCUUGUAUACAUGGCUUUCAAACUGGUUGCCGUCCGCUUCUUUUCCUCGAUGCCAUUCCUUUUAAGUCAAGGUAUCAUGAGAUUUUGUUAACGGCUUCUGCCUUGGAUGGAGAUGAUGGCGUGCUUCCAGUGGCAUUAGCCCUUGUAGAUGUGGAAACUGAUGAAACGUGGCGCUGGUUUCUGGAACAGUUGAAGGUAGCUAUGCCCAGUUUACGAGCUCUUACUUUUGUCUCUGACCGAGAGAAAGGGCUAGUGAGUUCUGUGUUGGAAAUUUUUGAGAAUGCCCAACAUGGUUAUUCCAUACAUUACUUGAUGGAGGAUUUUAUGAGAAGCCUGAGAGGUCCGUUUCUUGGAGAUGGGAAGCCAUCCUUGUCGUACAAUUUACUAGCUGCAGCACGUGCUGAUCGUCUUGAUGGGUUCAAGGUUUACACCGAGCAAAUAAAACGAGUGUCUCCUAGAGCUUAUGAUUGGGUGAUGCAGAUUGAAUCAAAGCACUGGGCCAGUGCAUUAUUUGAAGGUGAACCAUACAGUCAUAUUACGUCAGAUGUGGGAGAAAUAUACUCGAAAUGGAUUGAAGAAAUUCAGGAAACUUCCAUCGUCCAGAAGCUUGUGAUGUUUGUUAAUAAAAUUGUGGAGUUGGUGAAUGGUAGCCAAGAGAAGUCAAAACCGUGGUUCAGCCAACUAGUGCCAUCUAAGGAGGAAAGUCUAGUGGAAGAAUGCAAGAAAGCAAGCACGCUAAAAGUUUUCUUUUGUUCAGACACGCUUUUCGAGGUUCAUGAUGGGUCUGUUCAGCUUGUAGACAUUAGUAACCAAACCUGCAGCUGUUUCGCGUGGAAGCCCACAGGCCUCCCUUGCCAGCAUGCGAUUGCUGUCCUAAACACAAAAGGAAGAAAUCUAUAUGACUAUUGUUCAAGUUUCUUUACAGUUGAGAGUUACCGUUUAACGUAUUCACAAGCUCUAGGAGCAGUUGCGAUUGACGUAGCUUUGGUGGAGACUGAAGGCAGCAGCAAAGAAGAGGAUGAAGAAGUACUUCCCCCUCUGUUUUCCCGAGUUCAGGGAGUGGAGAAGAGAAUCAAAGACCGGAAAAGAGGACGAUCCGUGUGCUGUACAAAGUGUGGAGGAGUAGGACAUAACAAGGCUACUUGCAAGGAGGAUUGAUCAUCGACGGCCUGCUUCUGCUCACUACAUUUGUACAGAGGUUUGCAAUGUUCUUCAUAGAUUUUGUUGGAACUGCAAGAACUUUAAAUUAAUAAACUGAGAAAGUGUUCUACUUUGUGGUUAAGUAUUGAUUUGGAUACAAUACCAUUUCUGGUCUUCUAACAGUUAGCUGUUUGACUUACAGAAUCAUCUGCAGUGAUGCUUUACAAUGUAAUUUGGUGUGCCUCAUCCAUAAACUGUGAUAUUA